AUGAGAGGCAAAAAAUUCACUUUCUCAUCGCCGAACGGAAGGAAACAUAGCAAGCUUGACAGAUUCCUUGUUAAUACAGGGUUCUUUAGUUCCUGGCCUGAAGCGUGUGUGGAGGCGGUUUCGUCGUUCCUUUCGGACCAUAGCCCGAUUAUUUUGAAGACAGAGUUAGCAAAUUUUGGGCCUAAACCUUUCCGGUUGUUUGACUCGUGGUAUGAUAAAUCGGGUUUUAAGGAUGUGGUGGUCUCGGCUUUGUUGAAGGAUCCUGGGGUCUCAGGUCCUCCGGACAUCCGCCUCAUGAAAAAAUUGGGUGUUCUUAGAGCUGAUGUUAGAGUUUGGAGGGAUGAGAUGUUGAAAAAGAAUUCGGAAGAUGUGUCGGCUGCCUUGGCGGAUCAUGAAAAAAUUGGGUGUUCUUAG